GGAGAAAAAUUCUUGUACAGUUUGUGCUCACCUCUAUGCUGAUAUACUUGAUCAUGGCUUUGGACUUCCCACCUUGGGCCCUUAAAGCCAUUGAUAAGAUCAGAAGAGGUUUUCUUUGGAAGGGGAGGAAAGAUGUGAACGGCGGACACUGCCUGGUGGCUUGGCCCAAGGUCACGCGCCCACCAGAGCUAGUAGGACUCAGCAUAUCUCACCUGCAGCAUCUAGGUUGGGCUCUCAGAAUGAGAUGGCUUUGGUUGCAGAAAACAAAACCUAACAAGCCGUGGGCUAUCUUCCCUAUUCAAGUUCAACACUCAGUCAAGGCGUUUUUCUCAGUGGCCAUCACUUCAGAAAUUGGCAAUGGCAAGAACACACUGUUCUGGACAGACAGGUGGUUGCAUGGUCAGAGCCUAGAUAAACUUGUCCCCCACCUCUUUGGCACUGUAUCCAAAAGAGCAAAGAAAAGAACAGUUUAUGAGGCUCUCACAGAGAUGAGGUGGAUUGCGGAUAUACGAGGGGCACUCACAGUGGCUGUCUUGUCUGAAUACCUUGGGCUAUGGGAUCUGCUCUCUGAGGUAGUACUGCAGCCAGAGGUAGAAGACCUGCACAUAUGGUGUUUUUCGGCUUUAGGAAGAUAUUCAGCAAAAUCAGCAUAUGAAGCUCUAUUCAUUGGUGCCACUCAAUUCAGACCUUACGAAAGGAUUUGGAAGAGCUGGGCACCGGGCAAGUGUAAAUUUUUAAUGUGGCUAGUAGCACACAACAGAUGUUGGAUGGCCGAUGGCCUUGCCAAGAGGAAUUUACCUCACCCUGAGCGCUGUUCAUUGUGUGAUCAAGAGGAGGAUACAAUUAAUCACUUGCUGGUCUCGUGUCUUCACCCGUCAAGUAUGGUUCAGCAUACUUCACAGCGUCGGCUUGCAGGCUUUAGCUCCUCAGUUGGAAGAUUCCUCCUUUGAUGAUUGGUGGGCAAGGGUGAGCGGUAGAGUGGAUGGUCAGGUGCAGAAGGGUCUUGACUCCAUCAUAAUUCUGGUGGCCUGGUCUGUUUGGAACCAACACCAUCAUUGUGUCUUCGACAGCCUGCCGCCUGAUGUGAAUGCAGUUGUCUUCCAUAAGAGAUGAAAUGCACUUGUGGGGUAUGGCUGGGGCUCAAUGAAUUUCGCAUCUCCUCGCCCUCAUACCACAGCUCGAUUUUUUGUAGGUGUUUUUUCUGGUUCAGUUUUGGGUCAGGACCGGCUAGAAAAAGGAAGUGUAAUAGUUUUUGGUUAAUGUGGUGGUGUUGAGGUUGUUUCUAAAAAACC